AUGUUGGCAUUUGUUUUGUUUAGCAAAAAAAGAUCAGAGUCGCCAAGUCUGAAAAUCUCUCCAAAAAGGUUAGAGAGACAUGGACUUAGUCCUCCAGAGUUUAAGGAGUUUCCACCUCCUCUUGUUGCCGUAGAUGAUAAUCCCACCCCUGAGGUUCAAGGUAAUCUCCUAGAUCUCGCCCCCAUGGCCCCUACUAAGGAAGAGGUUUUGGAGGCAAAAAAGAGACAACUCCAAAAGAAGGGGUGUCUAACCAAGCCUUAUGAUCCUGAAUCUCCCCUUAACACUAGGCUCAAAAAGGUUCCCAAAGUCGGAGAAACAAAUUUUUUGGGGAAGGAAGUGUCUAAGCUCUUUGUAGGAGCUCGGGAUCAAAAGUCCACUCUUGCUGCUGCUAACACCCUACAAAUUGUGGACCCUCAUCUGGGGGUUCUCCUAGGGCUUGAAGCUUUUCUAUCCUUGCUCCACCUCCUCUGA